CGAGGCGCAGCUGCACCUUGGACCCGACCACGACUCUGCACGCCGUACACAAACUACUCCAGUCGCUCGUUCUACAUUUCUUCUAUCCAUCUCACACAUAAAUCUACUGCACCUACACCGCGAUGCCCGUCAGCACGCUGUCGUCGGCGGUGUACAUCACACCAACGGUUAUCAAGACCUUCGCUCAGCAUAGCAAGCGCAAGGCGAGGAAGUUCAAGGAUGGGGAUACGGAGGAGGACGCGAAGGAUGAUAUCUUCUUCGACGAGGCUUUCCACAUCGUGAAAGCCUUCAUCGAGAUGGGCACCAAGAACACUGUCGAAUCCCUUCAAGCCUUCACCAACACCCACGUCCCCUCCCCUUACUGGGCCGCCGUCGCCGCGAUCCAAAUCCCCUUCCACACAUGCAAUCAAGCCGCCGACGCGCUCAUCGAGUGGUUCGGCCCGGAGGACCUCAAGCGCGUCGUCGGUGGCGAGCGCUGGUGGCAGGUCCGCGGUCUCGACGGCAUCGACGCGGAGUGGAUCACGCAGAAGGACUACUUGGGCGAUGGCGAGGAGCUGCGUCACGGCGGUAAGGAUCUCUCGUCGGCGGAGGAGACAAUACAGAGGAUGGAGCACCUGGACCGCGUCAUGCUUUAUGUUCAUGGAGGCGGGUACUUCUGGGGCUCAGUCAACACGCAUCGAUACCAGAUCAUACGAUAUGCUCGCAAAUUCAAGGGAAGGGCCUUCGCAGUAAAUUAUAGAAAAGCGCCGCAGUACCCUUGGCCGUGCCCGGUUCACGAUGUCCUCGCUGCAUACCUCUAUCUAAUCACCCCUCCGCCCGGCGCGCCCCAUAAGCCCGUCAACCCGUCGAAGAUCGUCUUUGCAGGCGAUUCUGCUGGUGGCGGCCUAUCCCUGACUGUCAUGACCAUCCUGCGCGACUUGGGAUUACCCUUGCCCGCGGGAGGCGUCCUAAUCAGCCCUUGGGUCGACCUCACCCACAGCUUCCCAAGCGUCAUGUCCAAUACCCCUACGGACAUCAUCCCUCCCCACGGCUUCCUCGCCAAGCCCUCUCCCGUCUGGCCCGUUGACCCUAUACCCCCUCCCGAGGGCAGAGUACGGCAAGCAGAACAUGGUCCGCCGCCGAAACCCGGCCAUGCCGGGAAACUCGUCCCUUCAAAGGACGAACUUAAGCAGGCGGAGAAGCGUCAGAAAAGCGCUCCCGCCAAUGGCGACAGUCCUGCCAACGAUGGAAGCCCUGCAGAUGGCGACAAUGCUGGCGAGAACGGUGGCAGCCCCGUCGCUGACCGCCGAAGCCCCGUCGAGAACCAAGAGAAAAUGCUUGACAGUGGCGCGUCUAGCAAAACGAACGCCACGGUACCCUCGAGACGCGACUCGAAGACGAACGAGAUCGAGGCGAAGGAGGAGUUUGAGGACGCGUUUUGGGAGCCGAAGCCGCCGAAGGUGUUGAUGAGGGAUCCGAAGUCGGUACCGCUGGAGUUGCAUUCGCAAAUUCAGCAGUAUGGGACGAAUGAGCAACUCUCUCAUCCUCUCGUUUCGCCCGUCUUGCAGGGCUCGUUGGGUAACCUCCCGCCUCUGUAUAUCCUUGCUGGCGACGGCGAGGUCCUACGAGACGAGAUCAUGUACAUUGCGCACAAGGCGGCGCAUCCAGAUAAGUACCCUGCGCGGGCUGGCGUGCUGCGGGAGGGAUGGCGCCAGAAAGAGAAUGCAGAGAAGUUCAAGACGCCUACCAAGGUUCAUCUGCAGGUUUUCGAUGGCAUGUGCCACGUCCUCACCGUCUUCAGCUUCACGAAUAGCGCUAAGUACGCGUACCGCUCAAUCGCGCAGUUCGUCAAGCACGUCACGGACAAUGACGCCGACCACUUGGACACAAAUCCCUUCCCCGAGCUGCAUCGACCGUCAGGCGAAGUAUCAAGCAGUAGCUCUUCUGGUCAGGACUCCAUUCCCCCGCUGAAAAUGAAGCCGCCUUUCGUGCCGGACAAGAAGGCCAAAGUUGACAACACGAGCACGGUGCUGUACGAGGCGAAUGAGGCCGAGAUUGCGAGGGAUAUCGCGGGACGGGUGGAGGGGAAUGCACCGGCUCAGGAUGGCGACAAUGUUAGCCGCAUCGAGAGCGCGACGGAGGACGCUACCAGCGCCUUGAUGAUCCGCGAGCGCGUCGAUGUCAAGGGCUUCACUCGACCCAUGGAACCCGAAGCCGAGAUCCCCGCCCUCCAGCUCAAGCCGCACGAGAUCGGACUCAUCCGCGAGGAGCCCGCCAUCCGCUGGCACGAAGGCCAGAAGAAGUGGGACAAGCGGUACCGCAAGCGCGCGCACAAGGUCGUGCAGAAGCGCAAGCGGAUGGAGGCGAGGGCGGCGGAGCUCAUCGAGCGCGCGAAGGCGCAGGGGCUGGAGUUCCAGGUAAACGAUCGGCCGUCGCAUGUGAGGCAGGACUCGGGGGCGUCGAGGGCGAGUGUGAGGACGACGGAUGGGGUGAUUCAGGAGGAUAGAAGGUGGGGGCCGUUGGAUCUGGAUGAGGAGAAUCCGCCGCCGAGUGCGAUUGCGGGUAGGAGAGAUACGCACGAGUCGCUUGCGCUCUUGCGGAAGACCAUCUACCACACCGCGCCGCAAACUCACACAACCAUCCCUCGGAUGAAAACGAUGCAGGUCAUUCGUGCCGCUUUCGACCCGCACGAUGACCCGUUGCAACCUCCGAAGCAGUCUGUGUCCGAACAGCAGACCAAGACGCACAUCAUACCCAUGCACGGCUUGCGGAUCUGGGACACGCUGCUCAGCUACUUUAUGCGCAAGAGUCAGAAGAAGGCGUUGGAUGGCGGUCGGUCGGCGUCGGCAGCUUUCUCGAGCGCGAAGAGCAAGCUCAACGGGAGCUCGGACUCGCCUCUGCCCACUCCACCGAAGCUUGGCCUGGGCGAGGAGGGCAAGGAGCCUGGCAAGAAGUAGGACAGUACAUACUAUAUUACAUACCACGGACUGCAGUUUAGACACUUCUACACUGGACUUUGAUACCAUACACAUACGCUAGAGUACCCCGCCAUAGUCUACCUUAUUUUCAAUGCUAGCCGCUUGUUGGCUGCCCA